UCAGCAAAGUUUAUCGUUGUUGGGAUGGGCAACCAGCACAUGUGUUCGCACGGUCGGUCCGAUUUCUUUCUUUCUCUUUUCUUCCUUUAUAUAUUCUCGGUUGAUGUCUUGUCGGGUGGUUUCGUCAAAACCAAUGGUACUAGAUGGGUAAAUUGCUGUGCUGAGUACGAGCUGAGCGCAUAGGAGCGACAGUGGGUGCCUGGAUCUCUUUGAGAAGCUCCAGAUCCUUGGGACGAUGAGGCUGACAGUGACACUGACCACGAGGUAGUGGCUUGGCUGACAUGGUGGCAAUUGCGCUGGACGUAUGUAGAGACUGUGAGGUUCUGCUCGGAAAGGCGAACAGUGAACGACAAUCAAGAGUCAUCAUGUGGCUUGUCUGCCGCGACCGGAACUAGAAAACACAUCCUCGAGGCGGCUUCUCCUCCCGGCAAUCGAUACAAACACCUUCACUUCACUGACAUGACGUCUCUUUGAGUGUGUGUGUUUGUUUGAUUGGUGUCUGUGUGUGUGAGUGUGCGUGUGUGCUUGCGAGAGAGACGAGCCCUGGCUUUAUCGAGUGUCUGGGGGCAGAGAGAGAGAGAGAGAGAGAGAGAGAGAGAGACCUUGGCUUCCCUGACAUCUCUGUACGUGUGUGCGGGGAGAGAGAGAGAGAGAGAUGGUGAUAAUGGCGGGAGCGACGUGCGCGGUAGGUGUAGAUGUGGUGAAAGCGCAGGACGUUUUCGGAGUUGUGGAUCUGGAAGCAGGGGCGUUGUCAACAUCGGUUAGUUGCGGCUACGUCAGCGGACGAACGUCGCUUGUUUUGCCACGUGGAUUUGGCAGGCUAUUGACACCGUCGUCCCCAAUUUCGUUUCUGAGGAGGAGGUGCCCGCGUUCUUCUUCUUCGUCUUGCAAGAGCUUGUCGGAUGCUUCGAAGGUAUCCCGACCGAGAGCUUCUGGACGCUCGAUUUCACAGCGGCGGCUUUUGAUGAUCUCUACUGCUUGGCCAUGCAGGGACUCCAACCCGCGACCAGAUCUUCAUCACCAUUCACUGCAGUCGGUUUCGCGAAGACCUGGCAGAGAGCCGGCCCAUCAUUCGCCUUCUCGAGGAGGAGAGAGGGGAGGCCUGUGUGUUAGAGCUGCCUUAGAUAACGAGAGCGCGGAGAAUUCUGAUGGGCAGCAUGUGGAAGAUUUGGACGAGUACAUGGAAGCGCGAGUGGUAGAUGCAGUUCGCAUGGUUCCUGUACGUGGUCAUCUAUACAUGACGAUGGCGGAUGGAACAGACGUCGAGGUUAUUCACACAAAUCCUGGUGCAGGGCGUCUUCUCUAUCACUCUGGAACCCCCACCAUCUUCCUCAGCAUGGUGGCCGAUGAUGAGCUCAUGCUGCCGAUUGUUGUGGGUGAUAUGGCAAUCGGGAUGGUAGUCAAAGGAAUGAGGCAAGAGAAAGGGGUUCGGCCAAACUUCUAUGAGCUAAUGAGAGAACUUGUUGCUGCCACAAACAAUGAGGUAAAGAUGGUGCGUGUGACACAGAGAGUUCUGGACACUUACCACGCCUGUGUAUGUCUUGGGAAGCCUGGGCAGAGCGAGAUGGUGAUGGUGGAUGCACGACCGUCAGAUGCGAUAAAUCUGGCCAUUCGUUGCAAGGUACCCAUCUAUGUAAAUAGAGGAAUUGUGUUGGCGGAUGGCGUCAGGAUGGUCUAUGCCCCAUCUUGUCCCAGAGCAGACACUAUGUUGCGGUCUUCGGACGGUGGGAACACUGACAGUGAUCAGAACGAUCCGUAUGCGGAAGAGAUAGGGCUGAUGAGGAGUAUGCUUACAGCUGCUAUGGAGGAGCGAUAUGCGGAUGCAGCACGCUUGAGGGAUGAAUUGAACUUGUUCCGGCAACAGGGCAGAAGGCGGCAUACAAGACAAGGGCAGAGGAUGCAGGGUGACCCUGAUUACUGUAUAUAACUGGGCUAGGGGCCUAAGGCUGAAGGUGGCAAUGCGGGGUCUGCAAGUAUUUUGAGAUGGGAUGCGAUGUGACGAGGGGCCUUGGCGAAGAAGGACGUGGUGUGUUGUGAUUUGUGCCGCGAGGCUGAUAUUGUGGAGGACGGAUGUGGAGCAGUUAUUGAUGUCCAAUCAAAUUGGUUUGGUAAGUUGGCAUGCAGUGUGGCCAGUCUUGUUAUUCCAGAAAGGCAAAGGGGAACACACACACACAGAGAGAGAGAGAGAGAGAGAGAUGGCAUUGCUGCAAGUCUCUGCUGCAUGUUUCAGAAAGUACCUGGUUUGAAUGAGAUGGAGUACUGGUACAGAGCUGUGUGUAUAGGACGGUUUGGGGCAUGUACAUAUAUAAUGUGCUGUGUGUGGGUCUUCAAUCCAAGGCAUCACCAUAACGUGGAGACUGUGACAAGAAGGAAAAGGAAGUGCAGACAAAUGCACACCAGACACAGAUGAUGAGGAAGAUGUGGCUUAGCAUGGCUGGUUCUCUUUCACUGAGUAAUAGACCAAUCCAGCAGCGGCAAUAGUGGUAUGCUGAGACGAUUAUCUUCCUCGCAGACAAAUGCACACCUGAGAGAGAGACGACAAGGAUGAUGUGGACUGUGUGGCUGGUUCUCUUUCACUGAACGAUUAGUUGAUCCUGUGGCAACAGUGCUAUGCUGAUAAGGCUGCAUUUACUUGGAUCGAUACAUUUUUGCUCUGCUGUCGAAUGUGUAGAUAGAUUAUGCUGUCGUGGUGGCGAAAGAGAGAGUAGAGGCCAUGUCGUUGCUGUUACUAUGUCUUCAUUUCACACGUGUCCAUGCAUGCAGCCUCCAUGGAAUCGUGUUCCGUGGUGGUUUGCUCUCGCAGCCGUGUUGUUCGUUCCCUCCACGGUGCUGAGGGCAGGUUCCUGAUCUUAAUGUGAGCCGCUUUACAGGUUGAGGACCCCAGUCAUGGAUAUGCCAUCUUGGGUUAACCGCUCCCCUUUCCGGGAAAGAGUUUAGGUUUUUCUACUGUUUACGUUGAAAGUGCCUCCUUUCCUAGAUCCAGUACAUUAGCUGUUUUUUUAAGCGAUACGUAUAAUCUAGGCAAGAACAUGGAUAAAUAGAUGAAGAUGGAGAGCCAAAGCUCUGCAAGCAUGUCCAUAGCUUGGGGCAUUCACUCCCAGAUUGUGACUUUUAGUUGUAGUUUGUAAGAUUUAUACACUCCUAUAGAGUCUAUAGCAUAGACCUGUGGAGCAGUAUGCAGUAGAUUCACCUCGAUUAUGAUGCCAUAUAGUAUGUGCAUAGUAUGCCGAACCCACAUCGUUUACCGAUAGUAUCUGGGUAAACACCAAGCGUCUCUUUGCUCGUCAUCCAUCAGGUUCAAGUUUUCAACCUGAAAACACAUAGUACAUGCAUGUGGGCCAUGAUGCGGAGAUUGGCUCUUACACAACACAGGAUACAUAGAUGUGGAAAACAAAAUGUUGCAUCAGUGUGUGAAGUGUUCGUACUCAAAAACACGAUGCAGUGACGUGGAGAUCAACUUUCACACAUGGGAGCGCGAGGCGAAUGUUGCAUUCAUUAGUGUGUAUUGAAAUGUACCUUCAGGCUUCAGGUGUGAGGUGGUGUGGAUAUCUUGUGUGUGGUAGGCAGUAGUUCCAUUGUGAAAGAAUCGGCCGUCGAGGACAUGUAACUACUGGGAGGAACAAUGGCUCUGGCGCUUUUGCCAGCAGGUUUUGUGGGAGGUGGUGUGAAUAUCUUGUGUGUGCGAGGCAGUAGUUCUAGUGUGAAAGAAUCGGCCAUCGAGGACAUGUGAAAUGAUGUAACUACUGGGAGGAACAACGGCUCUGGCGCUUUUGCCAGCAGGCAGAACAGGUGUGACGUGGUGUGGAUAUCUUCUGUGUGGUAGGCAGUAGUUCCAUUGUGAAAGAAUGGGCAGUCGAACAAUGGCUCUGGCGUUUUUGCCAGCAGGUGUGGAGUGGUGUGAAUAUCUUGUGUGUGGGAGGCAGUAGGUCUAUUGUGAAAGAAUCGGCCGGCCAUCGAGGACAUGUAACUACUGAGAGGAACGAUGGCUCCAGCACUUUUGCCAGCAGGCUGAACUGGUGUUAGGUGGUGUGAAUAUCUUGUGUGUGGUAGAUGGUACUAUUGUGAAAGAAUCGACCAUGGAGGACAUGUAACUACUGGGAGGAAUGAUGGCUCCAACGCUUUUGCCAGCAGGCGGAACAGUUGUGAGGUGGUGUGAAUAUCUUGUGUGUGGGAGGUGGUAGUUCUAUUGUGAAAGAAUCGGCCAUCGAGGACAUGUACCUAGUGGGAGGAGCGAUGGCUCAGGCGCUUUUGCCAGCAGGCUGAACUGGUGCGAGGUGGUGUGAAUAUCUUGUGUGUGGUAGACGGUAUUAUUGUGAAAGAUCGGUAAUCGAGGACACGUGUAACCACUGGGAGGAAGCUAUGAACAGUCCAGCCUUGACUGAUGCAUGCCAACUUGAGCUCCCUGUGAUUCAGCAUCGUUGUGUGGCAAGUAUGAGAGGAAGGAGGAUGGGAUUGGUGUUUGCGAGGUACAUUAAAUCUUCGGGACAGUCAGGCGGCUCAUUGGACAGGGUUGGAGGGUAGCAGAUGACUGGGCAGGUAUUUUUGGCUGCGCACUCGCUCUGCCUGUGGGUGGGCGAAUGAGAUUUCUUCAGUUACGUCAAGCGCAUUGCUGAGCUAUCUAUGCCUAUGCCUAUGUCUAUGACAGCUUCCAGAAGUGCACGGAUGGGUUAUGUAAACGCAACAUCAAAUGUGAGACGACGCAAUGAUCCUGAAUUGAAUUGCAUUGACAAGGAGGGUACGAGGUAUAUCGGAGAUACCUAUCUCGACAAGGUAUAGGUAUGAGGUUGACGCUCUUCAUUGUCGAGAAUCUAUAUCCUAACCAACCAGGAAUUUAGGAUAGACUGUGGAUGCAGUGCCACUACUGGAUGUUGUGGGUGCUUAAGAGAAGAACAGUCGUCGUGUGGCAACUAACAUGGUUUUUAAACCACCAGUACGUGGCCCCAGGCCACUGGACCAACCUGGUUUGAGCCUCUCCGAAAAUUUAGGAGGCGAGUGCCGCUGAUAAAAUGAAUCGACGGUGGGGGGCCUCCAAAAGGGGGCCCGCGGCCGAUAGGUGGCAUGUACUGGUGCUUUAAGAGAGGAACAGAGAAAACAGCAAACAUAUCGGUCUGAAUCGUGCGGGAUUCUGCAUGUGCUUGUCUACGGAGGAACAGUUUUCCAUGAGUCGGGGUCUCUCGUCUCCACUUGCCUGUCAAUGGGAGAACGAUUGCUGAUGAGUCGGUGUCCCCAUCACGGAGCCCUGUUAUGGCAGAUCAUCAGCCUGGUUUGACAACUGUUGGCAUAUCUGUGGGCCACAGUUAGGGUAAGAAAUGAUGGGUUAGUGGUGUUUAUGGAUGCAGUUUGCCGAUGGGGGCGGGCGGGCGGGAUGGUGGCAUAUCGAGGACAACCACUGUAUUUGCCGAUACAAGUGGUUUUGAGGUGCUUGCGAUCCGUCUUGCAUAAGUUGCACUCUUCAUUUCCGGUUCGUCUAAACUUAGUCGUUUGAACUGUUGAAAUGUGCAGCUAGUGUGGGUAGCUUUGAAGUGUUGAAGUGGUGAUCUCUUCGCUUGUCGGCUGAUUUUGGAUGAUGAGGACACUGGCUCAUAGAGGUGAGGUGAGGUGAGGUCUACUACUGUUUGGAGGGGCAUAUUCGUUACUCGAACCCCCAGAACUUGUCCUGAAUUGUAAAGCACUUGGAACUUGAAGGUGAGCGCUGCGCUGUCCUGCGUUUCUGAUGCCGCCUUGCCUCCUUGGACAUCGUUUGGACAGGCAGGUUUUGGCAUCCUUCCCAAAAGGCAUCUGCUGCUUUUCACCGUUUCCAGUAAUGCAUUAGCUUCUGUUCUUGCUAGAUGUUUUUAACACGUGUACUUGACGACACAGGUUAGAACUUGUACUUUCACCCUAGGGAUAUCUCUGAGAGGUUACAAAGUAUUUUCACCCUGGGACUGUUCUUUUGUGGUGGUUCCUUGUUGGUUAGGACUUGUUUCCACUGUGCAUGUGGGUCACACACGUAUGGUUGUGGGCAGGAGGCCCUUGAGGAUAAUGAGAGUAGAGGAUCUGGCAUUGUUAAGGAGUGAGGGGUAGGUGUUCGAGGGUAGAGAGGGAAGAAAACUGUGUUCUGUACAGUCGCUGCACUCUGUCGGCUGUGGCUGUGGUGACAACCUGUUGUAAAUAAUUGUGUAUGCGCCAAUGGUUGAAGUUGACUGAGGCAGCCUGAAAUGU